GGGAUAAUAUCCUUUCACUUCAUCAUUAACUGCACUGUUCUUCUCACCCUUUUCCAACAAAUCUUCUUCCUCCUCCUCCUUCUCUCCUCCUCUGGCUUCCCCGCCUCUUCGUCUGCAGCCCGAGCUUUGUUCCAAUGGAGGAGGGUUUCGAACCUUACCAUGUUCCUCAGCAGAGCCGGAGAGACAAGCUCAGGGUCGGCUUUCACAACCAACACUCUUCCCUGCCUGCGGCGGCGUGCGCCGGUUUGCUCCCGGUCUCCGACCCUUCCCUUAUUCCCUCCGAUCUGCUUACGUGCGCCAACAAUAAUCCUCAAUCCUCCAAUUUGCAAAUAGACCCUGCAACUGUGCAAAUUAUCAACAACAACCCUUUUCUUAACUUUCCUCUCGCUCAAACCCUUCGCGCCGAGCCAUUGUCUUUAUCUCUCUCCUCCUCCCACAAUCACUGUGCUCAUCAAGCCAAUCUUAACAGUAAUCCCCCACUUGAGCUGAAUCUUCAGAGGUAUGAUGGCGGCUCCGUGAGCAUCCCGGCCAACGACGCCGUUUUGAGAAGCUCCGUCGUUCCGCUGGGGCCGUUCACGGGUUACGCUUCGGUGUUGAAGGGAUCGAGGUUUCUGAGGCCGGCUCAGCAGUUAUUGGAGGAGCUUUGCGACGUUGGGGGUCGUCAAAUUUGCGCCGCAGAAAAGAUGUCGGCGGAUGCUUCGUUGAUGGGACCUCCUCCGUUGUUGGAGAGCCUCGGCUCCGGCGAUCCGCCGCCGACACUUGGGGAUGGUGGGGAGGGUGGGAAGAAAAAGUCGAGACUGUUAACCAUGCUUGAUGAGGUGUACAGAAGGUACAGGCAGUACUAUCAACAGAUACAAGCAGUAGUAACGUCAUUUGAGUAUGUUUCAGGCCUGGGCAACGCGGCUCCUUAUGUGAUCUUGGCCAUAAAUGCCAUGACCAAGCAUUUCAAAUGCUUGAAGAAUGUGAUCAUGGACCAGCUUCAGUUCACUAAUAAGGCUCAUUUUCACAAUAUAAGCAACAAGAAGGAUGAAUCUCCAAGGUUUGGAAAUGUUGACCAUAGAGGAGUAGGACCUUACGGCCAAAUUAGGGAUACUCAGAACCCCGAAUUACUAGGAAACCAACCGAUCUGGCGACCUCAACGAGGACUCCCCGAACGUGCUGUGACUGUUCUUAGGGCAUGGUUGUUUGAGCACUUUCUACACCCAUAUCCUACUGAUACAGACAAGCUGAUGCUGGCGAGACAGACUGGUUUGUCUCGUAGCCAGGUGUCAAACUGGUUCAUUAAUGCGAGAGUGAGGCUGUGGAAACCAAUGGUUGAAGAAAUACACAUGCUAGAGACACGACAGUCCCAGAAGAAUCAUCAGAACACAGAAGAUCACAACAAGAACAAGCCCAGCACUAGUGACAGGUUUCAAGAUGAUGCUCCUUUUAAACGCACCAGAAAUUAUGAACCUACGACUCAUGAUCAUAUGUCUGCAGCGACGAAUCAGUUGCCUUGUAAUGCAAUAAGCAACGUUAAUAAUAAUCAGGCAUUAGGUGUUGGAACAGUGGCCAAUAGCGUCUCCCUCACGCUGGGUCUCCACCAGAACAACGGCGGGCUUGCUCUAUCUGAACCUUUUCCCAUGAGUGAAGCUCUCCGUUUCGGCCUUGCCCUAGAAGUACCCAGUAACGAAGAUUAUGUAAUAAGUGGUUCUGAAUCGCAGAAUCGGCAUUAUGGAAGAGACCAGGUGAUUGGAGGGCAGCUUGUGCAUGACUUUGUUGGCUAAGUAUUAUUAAUCUUGGGGCAGUGUGAUCCACUAACCAUAAACGAGAAUAACGAUUGGAGAUAUUUUUCCUAUUUUCAUCAUGGUGCUAAUUUUAGAGAGCUGGAUUGAGGUAGCAGUAUUAUUAUUUAGAGAUACCUUCGAGUAUUGUGUAAAGUCAUUCCAAUUCCAAAUACAAGAAAAAAUUGAUAUCUCGUGAUA